GCCACCACCCCCUCCCAUCCUGUUCUCUUUCUGGCCCGGUCGGUUCCACGAGCGCCCGGCAGAGACUGAGGGAGAGAGAGAGAAAGAGGAGGGGAGGAGGAGGAGGAGGAUUCAGGGAGUAGGAGCUGGGGAGCCCUUCUGCGCCACAGAAAAUUUUCAAAGACUUGGUGAAGAUAGGAAAACCAUCAGAAAGGCUGGAGUACUGUUAUACUGUAUUUGCUGUUUUUCCAGAAGCUCAGUUGAGGGAGAACUCAGCCGAUCUCUAUUUCUUGAUUUAUUUCCUGUUUGCCAACCGAGACUUGUAUUUGGAGAACUCUGUUGUACCAAGCCUGAAGUCAUCUUUGACCCAUAAGAAGAGCAGCAUGCAUUUUCAAUUGUCAAAUAGAUUUGUGGAUCAGUAAACUUCUCCUGAAAGGUAGUCACUUUUGGUGUCAUUGUCCAGUUCUCACAAUGUAUCAUUCCUUAUCUGAAACGAGACAUCCUCUGCAGCCAGAAGAACAAGAAGUGGGCAUUGACCCCUUAUCUAUUUACUCAAACAAGACUGGAGGAGAUUCAAAUAAAAAUGGAAGAAGAACAAGUUCUACUUUAGAUUCUGAUGGGACUUUUAAUUCCUAUAGGAAAGAAUGGGAAGAACUAUUUGUAAACAACAAUUACUUGGCAACAAUAAGGCAGAAGGGGAUUAAUGGGCAGCUGAGAAGCAGCAGGUUCCGCAGCAUUUGCUGGAAGCUAUUUCUUUGUGUUCUUCCUCAAGAUAAAAGCCAGUGGAUAAGUAGAAUUAAAGAAUUAAGAGCAUGGUAUAGCAACAUUAAAGAGAUACACAUCACAAACCCGAGGAAGGUUGUUGGCCAGCAAGACUUGAUGAUCAAUAAUCCCCUUUCACAAGAUGAAGGGAGUCUUUGGAACAAAUUCUUCCAGGAUAAAGAACUUCGAUCAAUGAUUGAACAAGAUGUCAAAAGAACGUUUCCUGAAAUGCAGUUUUUCCAACAAGAAAAUGUGAGAAAAAUUCUUACAGAUGUUCUUUUCUGUUAUGCUAGAGAAAACGAGCAGUUGCUUUAUAAACAGGGCAUGCAUGAGCUGUUAGCACCUAUAAUCUUUAUUCUCCACUGUGACCACCAAGCUUUUCUUCAUGCCAGUGAGUCUGCACAACCAAGUGAGGAAAUGAAAAUUCUCUUGAACCCUGAGUAUCUGGAACAUGAUGCCUAUGCCAUGUUCUCACAACUUAUGGAAACUGCUGAACCUUGGUUUUCUACUUUCGAGCAUGAGGGUCAAAAGGGGAAAGAAACAGUGAUGACUCCCAUCCCCUUUGCUAGACCUCAGGAUUUAGGGCCAACAAUUGCUAUUGUUACUAAAGUCAACCAGAUCCAGGAUCACCUGCUGAAGAAGCAUGAUAUUGAGCUUUACAUGCACUUGAACAGACUAGAAAUUGCACCACAGAUAUAUGGGUUACGUUGGGUGCGACUGCUCUUCGGACGAGAGUUCCCCCUGCAGGAUCUUCUGGUCGUCUGGGAUGCCUUGUUUGCAGAUGGCCUGAGCCUGAGUUUAGUUGAUUAUAUCUUCAUAGCCAUGUUGCUCUACAUCCGAGAUGCUUUGAUCUCUAGUAACUACCAGACCUGUCUUGGCCUUCUGAUGCAUUUCCCCCCAAUCGGGGAUGUACACUCACUGAUUCUUAAGGCUCUGUUUCUUCGAGAUCCAAAGAGAAAUCCAAGACCAGUGACUUAUCAAUUCCAUCCAAAUUUAGACUAUUACAAAGCACGGGGAGCAGACCUCAUGAAUAAAAGCCGGACCAAUGCCAAAGGCACUCCCCUGAAUAUAAAUAAGGUCUCUAAUAGCCUGAUUAAUUUUGGAAGAAAGCUGAUUUCUCCGGCGAUGGCCCCAGGCAGUGCUGGUGGCCCUGCACCUGGGGGCGGUAGUGGCAGCUCCUCCACUCCUGUGAUUCCCCCUAGGACCUUAACAGAGGCCCCCAGGCAUCAUUUGCAGCAGCAGCAGCAGCAGCAGCAGAGGCUGAUGAAAUCAGAAAGUAUGCCAGUGCAAUUGAACAAAGGACAAAGUUCUAAAAACAUCAGUUCAUCUCCAAGCAUUGAGAGUUUGCCUGGAGGAAGAGAAUUCACUGGCUCCCCACCUUCAUCUGCUACUAAAAAGGAUUCCUUUUUUAGCAACAUCUCCCGUUCCCGCUCACACAGCAAAACUAUGGGCAAAAAAGAAUCUGAAGAAGAAUUAGAAGCCCAAAUUUCCUUCCUUCAGGGACAGUUGAAUGACCUGGAUGCCAUGUGCAAAUACUGUGCGAAGGUGAUGGACACUCAUCUUGUGAACAUUCAAGAUGUAAUUUUACAAGAAAAUUUGGAAAAAGAAGAUCAAAUUCUGGUUUCCCUGGCAGGAUUAAAACAGAUCAAAGACAUUCUGAAAGGUUCUCUGCGUUUCAACCAGAGCCAGCUGGAAGCGGAGGAGAACGAGCAGAUCACCAUCUCAGACGACCACUACUGCUCCAGCGGCCAGGGCCACGGCCAGGGCCAGGGUGACCAAAUGCCUGGGGCCGCCAAGCAGGCCUCUUCAGAAGUGCCAGGGUGCGCAGACAGAGGGAGCUCAGAUGACUUCAUCCUGGUUUCCAAAGAAGACGAGGGAGGCAGCGCCAGGGCAUCCUUCUCGGGCCAGGCCCAGCCUCUUCGCACCCUCAGAAGCACAUCUGGGAAAAGCGAGGCCCUGGCCCGCUCCCCCCUGGUGUUCUCCGACCCACUGAUGGGCCCAGCCUCCGCUUCCUCCAGCAAUCCGAGCUCCAGCCCCGACGACGACAGCAGCAGCCACAGCAAGGACUCUGGCUUCACUAUCGUGAGCCCCCUGGACAUCUAACCACCGUGCCCCAGGCCUGCCUCACGGGGACCCCGCCAUCUGCCUCAGCAGCCCCAAGGCCAGGCUGAGGCUCCCCCAGUGGAGACCCCUCUGAAACCAACACUUCUUCCCCAGCAUGCAUGUGACAUUGGUGCAGCCCACUGGAACCCUUUAGAGGGAAGCAAAUCGGGCCCCAGAGCUCACAGACUGAUGUUCACCUGCAGACGCGGCUUUCGGGGCCCAACCCAGCCCCGCCCACCGUGCCUGCGGUAGAGCCAGGUUGAGUACCCAGUGUCACACUCACCGUCGAGAAGGACCAAACCACAAAGUAGAAUCACUUUCCCUCUGUCCUCUCCUCCCCACCUAAAUAGGUGCAGCAACUCCAUGACUUAUAUCUAGAGGAAGGAAGAAGAGUUGGUUUCAAAUCUUCCCUCCCUCAGAAGAUCGGGCAGAGGAAAAGAGAUAUCAGGAAAGCUGCUCUGUGGAAAUCCCUCUCUCAGCCUGUUCCCUUCCUCUCUUGGGAAGCCAUACGGCAGAGCCAAGUGCAACAGAAUGGACUAGAACUAGUGGAUUCCAGGGCUGGAAAGAACCCAUUACUGGCCUCAGAAAGUUACAGUGAUCUUCAGAAACAGGGUCUAAACUUAGGAUCGUAUUUUGGUGUGAUGUGGUUUAGAUCGUUUCAUUUGCUAAAGAGUCCAUUUCCAAACCUCAGGCCAGAUGGACUGUGGUCACUGCUGUCCCUCCUUAAACAAUUGCAUUGCACCUUUUAGAAGCUUUCACAGCCAGAAAACAGGUCACUUUAAGCCAAUCUUUGCUGCACUGAUUUCAAAAGUUGUAAGAAUGUUACUUCCUUGAACUGGAAAUUAUGACCCUGACUUUGUGGGAUAAACACCUUUCAGACAGUCGAUUUUGGGAAAGUUUCUGUAGUUUUGGGGCUGUAUUCACCUGUCAACUUAGAAGUAAAGGGAAAAGCCCAAGCUCAUUCCCAUCCAGAGUCAGGAUCUCCCAUUGGCCUUAAGGUAACAGCAACCGGGAAUUAGACCUGGAGUCCCUCCUGGGGAGCAGGGCUUCCUAGAGAACAUUCCGGGUGCCAGGAGGAUGCAGGAUUUCUGCACAGCCCUUCCCUUGCUGGGAGCCAAGUGUAGGAGCAACAGGCCUGGGCCCCAUCGUGCGUCCUAGGCGCCAUGCCAGGGCAGGCCCAGGUCUGAUGUGCCAGUGUCGUCCUGCGUUCCAGUACACAAUAGGGGUGUCCCCUUGUCACUUGUAACUUAGGGAACCGUCAUGAACAUGGAGCGUUGCCUGAGCUGUUUCUCUCCUUAGGAGAAGAGCCCUGAAAAGGACACUUUUCCUCUCCUUUGCCUGAGCAGGAAUUCUAACAGGAGAGACACGGUACCCACUUCACCUCAUCAGGGAGCAGGCUCCCUCUCCCUGGGCUGCCGGGUUCUUUGGGCUUCUCCUCGGAGGGCGGCGAGGGCUUUGGGCGGUGGAAGCUUUUGUGGCAACAAGUGGAAAGCUAAGUAUGAAGGAACAGACACUGUUUACGUCCCUCCCAGUGCUAACCAUGUAUUUUUCUAUAGACAAAUGUGGUCACGACAUGAUUUCCCACUUGCUCUCCAGGAUGACUCGAGACUCAGCUACUGCAGGGAGGGUUCUAAUGAGCUCUGCAGUUUGUUCUUGAACUCUAGCAGGGAAAUCUCCUCCUGACACAUCAGCAUGUAAGCUGAGUAACAGUCACUCUGGUUUUGCUCAGAUGACGGGGUUGGUUGGCUUUCCACAAUUAUUGAGAGAGACACUGAUUAGUUCUCUGGCUCUGACUCUGAGCUCAGCACCCUCUGGGCAGGGGAGUUGCUGAGUAAGUUGCUGCCGAGUAUAUGUCCCCUUGAUGACACUUCCUAGGCUCCCAAGGUUCCCAUAAAGUGAGUGGCCUUGCAGCUGCACAGGGGUAGCCAUUACUUUCUCUCAAAGGACCUGGCCUGGGAAGGUGCUGGUGUUUCCGUUCUAAAGUAAGAAGUGUGGACCUGUCCUUGCUGGGGCUCCAGGACAGAGACUGGAAAGGGCCAUGAGCUGACGGUCCCCUGGCUGCUGGGCCACAGUCAUCUGCUCACUUUCAGCAUUUCCUUGGCCCUGAGAGCUAGAGUCUAUGAAAGCCAAGUGUCACCGGCCACACAGCCCAGACACGCACCACACCAGCCAGGCGCCAGGCUCGUUCCCUCAGUUGGCUGAGUGUUUAACGGUCACAGAAAACUCCCAGCCCUGCACGCACGUGCGGGUGCGGCCUCCAUGCUGUGCUUCCGUGUUGGGGCCACGUGCGGAGCAGGGAGGUCACUCAGAGGGUGGCCCCCGACAAGCCGUUCCCUCCUCGGAGGAAAGAAACACACGAGUGGAGUGGGGUGCGGGCAAUGCCACCCUCAAAUUCCCAAAGGUUCAUGAGGUUCAAGAAUUGUGUUACUGUCUUAUCUUUUUUAAGUGACUUGUUUUUAUUCUUCAUAGUGGAGCAUUGUUUGCAUUUUUCUUAGUUACAGUGCUAUCAAAGAAUAUAUGUUCCUUCCUUUUUUAUUAUUUUAUCAGGUACUUGUGUUUAAUUGCAUAUUUUUUAAAUCCUGAAUAUAUGAAACCUUUUUAUUUUCGUUAGCAAAUGUGGUAAUCAGUGGAACCCUCUCAUGUUUUGAUUAUUGCAGUUAAAUAUAUUUUAUAUACAUAAAGCUUAGAUUAAUUCUCAUUGUCAUCUGCUUUUUUAUACAUGUCCCUGUGUUUCAUGCAUUCCUCUCUGAUCAGUUUGGAAAUUUAGGUUAAAAUUUAUCUCUGUACAUUACAUAUGGGAGUUACAGAGGAGAGAAUGAAAGUCACUGUGACUUUGCCUUACUUAGUCUGUAUGCCAGGGGGUCAUAUGACACUUUCAGCAUUUCCCUGUGCUGGCUUACUCUUCCAGAGAUGACCUCCUGCUGAUGCUCACUGCAAUCUGGGAAGAAAUGCUAUCGCUGCAGAGUGGACAGGACCAUGGGGAAGCCACGCCCCUGCACUGGCCUUAGCGCCUGACGAGCGCAGUCUCGCUUCAGUCACUGGGGGUUGAUGGCCUGCCAUUAGUGAGAACGUUGCUCUGCUGUGUCGGAGACAACAAACAAAUACAGAACUGUGUGACAGUUAUGUUGUCUCCUAAGGAUUACCUGCCAGAGCUGACGCCAAUUUAUCAUUUUUCUUUUAUGGUUUCUUUAAGCAGCUGCCCCCAGGGGUCAUUACAGAACAAGAGUGUGUAUGGAGGACUUACAUCCCCGCGCUCUGAGUGGCUGUCCUGUGGAGCCCACGGCCAUCCCAGCCCUCCUGCCCUGCAGAUGCACACCUGGCCCCUGCGCCCCGGGUGUCCAGUGCAAGGGCGCAGGGGGUCGGGGGGUAGGAUGAGUUGCAGACAGCAGCUGGCCAGCCAGGCUUCCUGCUCAUGGGCCCAAACUGCUUCCUCAGUGUUACUUUCAAAAGCUCUCUUUUUAUAGUGUUGAAAGAAAUAUAAAGUUCCUGUGAGCAGGCUUGAGACCACUUUGAUGUAAAAGUUGUCAUAAUCAUCUUCUCACAGUGGCACAGUUCAUUUGAUUUACCAGAUACUCCGUUGUGCCAUGUAUCUCCUGUUGCUUUUUUCUCAUUAUCUUUAUGCUGUAACUCAUAUUGAUUUAAGAAAUGACUUAUCCUUUUGGCAAAGUGAUCCCAUUCAAUAUGGUUAUAAUAAAAGACUAAUGUCAAACUGA